AGCACAUCCUGGAGAAGCUCAAGGUCAAGGCCGUCACCAAAAUCCGGGAAUUCAUCCUGCAGAAGAUUUACUCCUUCCGCAAACCCAUGACCAACUACCAGAUCCCACAGAAUUCCCUCCUCAAAUACAAGUUUUUCUACCAGUUCCUGCUGGGGAACGAGCGGAACGUGGCGCAGGAAUUGCGGGAUCAGUACGUGGAGACCGUCAGCAGGAUCUACUUCUCCUACUUCAAAUCCUACACCGGGAGGCUCAUGAAGAUCCAGGUGGGAAUUCCCGAGGAUUUGGGAAUUCUGGAGGGGGUUGGGAGGGCGCAGGAGCCGUUUUGGGGGGGAAUUUUGGGAUAGAUCCCAAUUGGAAUU